UUACGACCAAACGAGAGUUUGAAAUAUCCGUGUCGAUGAAUCGAAUACAUAUGUGCAUGGAAGUUUUUAUUAAAAUAAAUUAAAUUUUUACUUAAAUAAUAUUUUAAAAAUUAAAAUGAAAGUCGUUUUUCAUACGAAUAUUUCGUGACUAUAGAUUGAAAAAUGUGGAUAGAAUAUUGAGAAAGGGUAUAAUUUUCUUUCAACAUGCAUACUUUUCACCACUGGUACAGGUGCUGAAUAGCUAGGGAAAGUUUUCCGUGGGUAUUUUCUACGAAGGCAGUCGUUGAUGCAGUAAAAAAGCUCGAGGAGGAGGGAAACGCGGACCAUGCCAGGACAAGGAGCGAAGUGGUGACCUAAAACUCAUCCUCGGCACCGACCCUCGAUGCUCACGCUACGGCUGGUGUCGACUCACUUCUUGAAGCAGCCAUAGGCAGUGCCCUUCGCCUCAGAGAAAGGGCUCGAUGCGAUGUGCCGUGAUAGGGACAUGAACCCAAAACUAGUCGAGUCAAACGAUCUCUGUUUAACGUCGUAUCGGUUCUCAAUAUCGGCUUGAAGGAAUCCGCGUUUGGACAAUUCAAUAUACGCGACCGUACCUCCUCGACGAAGGACUAUUUACUUAGCCGUAUCUCGCUGUGUUCACCGUGGAGAAUAACAUAUUUUUCUCCUUCGAUUUUCUUCCACCUCCUUACAACUCCUGUGAUCCCAAUAUUUACCUCACAUUAUCGUUCCUUACCCGUACGUUUCAUGUUUGAAGAAAAUACGCUAGACGCGUGACGAACAACGAAAGUGAACACGAGGAAGUUUCUUGUGGCCAGUUCGAUCAACCGGAAGGUUCGAGAAUUCCUCUUCUGUUUGUAAGACGAUCUAUUCGUCGAUCGCGAAGUCGAAACGAGGACAAGCUGUUAAAAAAAAAAAAGAAAAAAAGAGGUGCAGCUUCGAAGUAGCUUCCAGACUGUACUCCAUUUAUUUCAAUCUGUGGAGGGUCGCGAGGGAGUGCAUUUGCGGCGACGGCGGCGGUUCACGGUGUAGACAAAGUGGGAUGAGACGUCCUCAGCAGGAACAUCACCACCAUCUCCACAACAACCAACAUAAUCACCUUCAUCACCACCACCUUCACCACAAUCACCAUCAUCAUCAUGGAUCUUCGACGAGUCCUACACGCGUACGACAAGUUCACGAGAAGGACGAGUCUCGUUUAGCGAAAGUGAAACGCGUCUUGGCUGUCUCGUUGUUGGGACGUAACGGAGGAUCCACGAGGGUCUUUGGUAGCCGGUUGGACACGAUCGAGCCGUAUCUCGACACCGGGGUACCUUUCGUUGUGCAUCGACUGUGCAGCUACAUCGAAGCUCAUGGAUUUCAAAGUGCUGCCGUGUUUCGCCUGUCUGGUGGAAGUCCUAGGCUGGCGGAGAGACUGAGAGCGGCUUUCGAGCGAAGAGGUGACGCCGAUUUGGAAGCUGCAGCCUGCCCUCCUACUGCGGCCACGCUUCUUCGACAGUAUUUGAAAGAAUUACCUCAACCAGUUGUACCAUCCACUCUUGUCGCCAGACUAUUGGCUAUUCAUGCUCAGAAUUAUUCCAACGAUCACGACUGCUGGAUCAAUUCGACGAAGGAGGUUCUAUCGUCUCUGCCAGCUUCUCACUAUCGACUACUCGGUUACCUGUCCCUUUAUCUGAGCAAAUACGAAGCCCAUCAUGGACGUAGCGCCGGCGUUUGCGGUGUAUUCGCGCCUGUGAUUCUACCUCACGUUCCACCCGCUACCACGCUCCUUCGCGAUAUUUUGGCCGACGCCUCUCUAGUUUUUCAUGAUUGCAUCCGUGAUAACGUGGUGAACGGCGUGAUCCCUGCUAGUGACUGUAAAAUCUGCAAGGACGAAAAAGACGAGCAGCCGAAAGACUCUGAAGCAUCUUCUCUGCUUUGCGCGCUGAAACCGCGUAAACGUAAGGAACGUCGCGAGUCCUGUUGUCAAGAACGAAAGCUAAUAAGAAGCAACAGCGAAGAACGCGUUCUUGAAAGUCCAACCGAGACUGCGGACACGAUUAGACGGGUGAGCAGUCACGAGGAUUUCAACAGCGAAGAACAUUUGCUCGUUUUGUCUCAAAUUGGGCAAGAAAUGGGUCACGGAGUGAGAUGCGGAGGACUUCCUCUGCACGAAAGAACAAACGUCUCGCCUGUAUCUAAGAAAAUUCCACCGAUUCCAUCGCCUUGCGAAACCGCUCUAGAAACCGAGAAAUUCGAAUGCGAUGCCGAGAAACUGAGAAGCAGCGAACGUUUCAGUCGAAGUAUCACGCCGAGAGGAAGAAGGCAAGCUCGAAGAAGAAGAGUUCACAAGACCGUCGAUGCCGAGAGUUCGAGCAAGGAAAACGAGGAAGAACCUGAUAACAUUUAUAACAUUUCGUCGAGUCCGAGUAGUCGCAAUGGUUCUCCAGGUCAAAGUUUUUUGGAAAUGCUCAGCAGUGGACCCAGUCGAUCACCAUCGCCCGCUCGUCCGCCAACAGUUGAUCACGAAGAUUUAAAUAAUCCUAGUUUAACGAAUUGGACUUUCCAAAGACAAGAAAGUGAAGAAGCUGAUGCCCGAGUAGAAGCUAUGCUCUCCCCACGAAAUUCUUUAUUGUUACCUAGGCGCUUUUAUUCUGAAGAUGAAAUACAACCAAAUACUCCAAACGUAGCGGAGCUUGGAUUGAAAAACUUAACAAAACAUAUAAACGGCUUGAAGAAAAAGAUAAAAAAGUACGAAGAUGAAUUCGAAGAAAACUUUGGUUAUCGUCCAAGUCAUUCUGAUAAGAUGAGCAACAGGGACAUAAAGAGGUUGUGUACAGAGUUGAAUAAGUUGCGAAAGGAGCAUAAGUUGUUAAAGGAAGAUCCAGUUAGCGCGUUAUUAGCUAACGCAAAUAACAGAUUAAGUAACGGUAGUCCAACGAAUAAUAAUAAUAGUCAAGAAAAGUCUAGAGCUACGUCGAUGGAGGAAAUGGUUAAAGAAGUAGAAAAGAAACUUAGCGAAAAGAGAUUAAAAUGCAACAGACCCGAUAACAUGGAAGAACUUACUUACGAACAACUAAUGGAUGAAAAAACUGCCGUUCAGAAGUCUUUGCUUCAUAUCGAGAAUACAUUCGGCAGACCGGUUUCGAAAGAAGAUAGAACUGUUGUGCGACCUUUAUACGAUAGAUAUAGAACUUUAAAAAGAUUACUCAUUAGGGCAGGAGUGAAUAAAAAUAAGGAUAGUAUCUCAGAAUUAGCGACUAUUUUGGAACACGAAGCAAUGGACUUCACGUCGUCCAACUUACCUAGUAAUCAGUCUGAUGCAGAAAGAAGAGCGAGUGAACCGGAUAUGUCGCAUAGAGGUAUUUUGGAUUGUAUAGAUUCGGUUGAUCAAUUACCAACUGACAGUGAUAGUCAGCACAGCAGUAGUGAAGGAAGCCGCAGCAACAAUGAAAGUCUUCACGCGCUUCCACAAGAAGAAUUAUUGGUGCAACAAAAAUUAACCAGGGAAGAGAAAAAACGUUUGAGACGAGCUUUGAAAGAAUUAGAAGCACAAUUUGAAGCUCGAGCUGGUCGUAGAAUGCAAAGAGAAGAUCGUGGACCGCAGGUUAACACAGUUUAUGAAUCGUAUAAACAGGCUAAAGCAAAGCUUAGACUGAUUGAUGCUCUUGUGGCUAAAAACGCUUGACGCAGUAUCUAAUUGGUGUUGUAAAUUUUAACACGCAACCACGGUAACGAUACAAAGAAUCUUCAACAUCCUGAAAUGUGUGAAAUAUGCACAGUGAUUAUAUUAUACAAUCGAUAAAUUAUAUUGUAUUCUUACAAUUGUAACUGAUACCAUUGUGCAAUAAGGAAGAAUGUUUGAGCAAAAGCGUGAAGGCAAAACAGCAUCUGUUGAAACAGGAAAUGUAAUAUAAUACAUAUGACAAUGUGAAUUUAUUCAAGAAUCAAAACGUUUUAAGAGAAGGAGCAAACGAAUACUUGUAGCUAAAAUCGUUCCUGUGUCGUUGAUAAUGGUUCAAUGGUCAACCUUAUUCAAUUAAUAGAAAAAUAUUUGAGAUAUUCAAUUUUCUUACAAUGCCAAUGAAAAUAAUUAUUGUACGCGAUAAAACAUGAUUACAUACAACAUUUCAAGGAACGAUUUCGAUUAUUAUAAUUAACGACGUCAUUUUGAUAAGAUCUAAUCAUUUCGAUGACUCUUACGGACACACCAGAAUUUCAUCACGUGAUAUCAUGCGAUAAUAAAGGAUAAGGUUACUACCAAAGUAGCAUUUCGAACUCUAAGCACUAUUAGAAAAUAACAGUGGCUAUGGCAUUACAAAUAUGAAAGCAAUCUGUCGAUUUGCACUUUACUUUCUUCAAGAUACUCGAUGACAGCUUUAUGAUACAACAAAGAAGCAUUGAUUUCAUAGGAGUUAUUGCAAAUGUUUGCCUGUUUGUACGAGAAACUUUGUCUAACAAAAUGUUGAAAAAAAAAAAAUCAACACAGUGAAUAAGUAAUACCACUGAUUUGCUCCAUCGAAUUUUGUACGUAUUUUUACGGAUAUCAUCUAACAUUUUGUCAUUUUAUAAUAGAAAUUUUGAAAAUUCAUUUCUUCCUACUUAACGGUAAUUGUAUAUUUAGAUUGCGUUGUAUUAUAAGCGCAUCAUUUUUUUACAUUUUUCUACGUUUGUGUGUUUAUCUGUGUUUAACGAAGCGUUAAACAGAUAGCAACAUAAUAAUCGAAGAAAAAUGUUACUUAAAAAGUUAUAUCUACAUUUCUUCCUAUGAAUCAAAUGAAUAGAAGAUAAAAGAAAAAGAAUACAACACCCGUGAAUAAGGAACAGACAAGGGUAAUAAACGCGUUGUAUAUGUCCUUUUAUGAACAGAGAUUAGUAUACUGAUGUGUACAUUUACAUUGCUCUAAUUACAUCAAUAUCAUAUUUUCCUUUUUACAAUACUAUGACGCGAUAAAUCAUUAUUUUAGAAAUUGAUUUGUCAAUGGAUCGUUAAUAGAAGAAGCAAGUAUUCUAGAUCGUAUAUUAUUUAAAAUAAAAUUAAUACAUCUUAUUAUUUAGGAAUUAUCACCAAAUUGAAUGUUGAGAGUAAAGAACGAAUCUGUGGGGUUAUAUUUGUAAUGUAAGUAAGUACCUUGUAAGAGAUAUCACAUGUUAUAAUUGUAGAGUACUAUAAACUGUUACAGUCUUAUAGCGUAUUAAACAUAUUCAUUAAAAGCUCGUUAAUUUUUGCGUUUAGUACUUGACAAGUAAAAUUUUAAGGCAAUUAGUCUGACGUAAUGUAAGUUUAAAGUAUAUGUAUAAAUGAUAGCCUUAAAAUUUAACUUGAUGAAGUAUUUCAAUUGAGGGUGCUACAGUUUUGAGUUUAAAGCAUAAAUGGAAUAAAUGCUUGGCAAAUUUUAUUAUCAUGAAAGUGCACCGAGGUGGGGGGUCAGAUUAUUCUUUUUUCUUUCAUUUAAUAAUUUCACAAAGUUUAAACUUUGAUAUAGAUCAAGGAUCAAGAAUUUAAAAAAAAAAAAAAAAAAAAACACCAUGUGACAUGCGUUGUAAAUUAUGUA